AUGGUUGCUACGAGAGAGGUUACUGUAUUCGUGCGCGACGAGCGGCGAAUGAAAGAAGAAAAAGUGCAGAUGAGACUGCCGGAUAAUUAUUAUCCGGAUACGAAAGACAAGCACUACCGUAGCCAAGGAGUUGAGCCGGAAGAAUUUCACUCGAUCGGCCAAGGGCAGCAGGCGAUGGUUAUAGGCGCUAUUCUGCAAAAAGGCGCGAUGGGCGGCAUUGACGUAAAAAGUGGCUCGACUCAGGAAAAUGGUAACAUCGGAGCUGCUUGCCGCGUCGCGGCAAAAAGGUACACAAUGUCAGAAUUAAAAGGGGACAAAUCGUACCGGUGGCUGAUGCGCGAAAUGCAGAACACCCAAUUCCUCGUGCACCCAAAUAUUGUCCGCCUUGAAGACACGUUCUUCGAGCCGAAUGCAGACGGCACCGUCAAGUACACGUGGAUCGUCACCGAGCGCAUGGAGACCACGCUGCAGGCGUAUAUCAACCACAUCAACCGCCCGGAGAAGAUGGACAAACCGCGCGACCAUCGCCACGUCGCCGCCGUCAUGACGCAGAUUUUUAUGGCGCUCGACUUUUUGCACCAUCGGGGCGUUAUUCACCGGAUGUCGGUGAUACGACCAGAGGCAGUCAUUGGCCUUUUGGCCAAGAACUUUGGGUGCAUAGAACUCGACCUAUCGGAGGAAGAGACCAAGUUCGCGCACCAACUCCAGCACCUACUCGUUGACGCCCUUACCGGAGAUCUUCAAACUACAGUUCAAGAAGAGCUUUUCCGUGCCGAAGAUACUUCGGAUGAUGAGGAUGAGCCUUACGAGAUGGACGAUCGAGUGGUGCGCCCUAUCAAGGCCGAGAAGAACGGCUUCGUUCGCUUUGGGGAUAAACAGGCUUCGAUUGCGACGGUAAAACGUGCGAUAGCCUAUUAUCGUCUACCAGCCAGUAAGACCCGUCCGAUGUCUUCAAUGGCAUCAAGGUUUCGUUUUCUCUCGAAUCGAAGCCAUAUGGACAAGCUGCGUCAACUGGAGGAGCAGGAUCAUGUUUUCAUGGAUCGCAAUGCCGCAUUGAAGAGGCUGACGGAGAUAGUGUCCCGUGAAGUCAACCAGAAACUCGACGAAGGGCUGCCCCUCCACGGCCGAAACCUCCGAGCUAUCGUGAUGGAGUUAAACGAGCAGCACAAGCUAGUCAAGGGAUUUUUAGCGAGUCCAUCGUGGAUUCAUAAAUUAAAGCGACACUUAAACCUCUGUUCCCGAUCUAUCACAAAAUUCGUUUCCACGAAAACUAGGAGGGAUGAGGCUUUGCUGGAUGCGAAAGUGGAUGCCCUGGUCACCGAGAUGCGGGCGCUCAUCGUUUCCGAGGGUGCCGAUAAUGUCAUCAACUGCGACCAAUCUGGACUGCUAAAGGAACAUCUUGGCAAGCACACUCUGGCGAAAAGGGGAACCAAAAAGGUUGAAGUGUGUGUGCAACGAACCACCGAUGUGAGCCACAGCUCAACAUACAUGCCAAUUGUGACGGCUUCCGGCAGACUGUACGACAAAGCUUACCUACUAUUCGCGGAGCCAUCAGGAAGCAUCCCACCAAAUGCUAACUUCUUCCGGCCUCCGAACCUUAUAAUCGAUGGAGCCCGCAGUCACAUGAUGACGCGAAAGCACACGGAGGACUUUAUCCGCGACGUGUUGUGUCCACAGGCGCCCAGGAAAUUUGUAGCUCUACUCGACAACUGGAGUUGUUUCCGGAAUCACGGAUUGAUCCACGGGGCUGCGCCACCAGGGACCGAUAUCCAGAUCAAAAACAUCCCGAGCGGCGGGACAGGCUUGAUGCAGCCGCUCGAUCAAAGCUACUUCCGCCACUUCAAGAUAUUCCAAGUGCGGAUCGACGAAGAAGUUCUCCUCUACAAAAUGCCUUUCCAACUGGGGAGCCGCGAUGGUAUCGCAAAGAUCACUUCUGUCAUCCACCAUCAGAUGGGGGCAGACCUAUUCACGAACUUGCGUCUCACUGCCUGGUCCCAAAGCGGCAUGAUCGAUCCACCGGACCUAAACCCGAAAAACGUCGGCCUAAACCUGCAGACAUUCGACAUCAAGCUGCUCGAUUUCGGGUGUUCCGGUCUGACUGUGUCUGAUGGGAGCAUGACGACGAAGGGGCGUGUCGGAACCCCGCAUCUCUACAGACCGCCCGAGCUGCUCGUUCCGAAUUGCCCCUAUGAUUCGAGAGUGGACGUGUGGGCGGUUGGGCUGAUUGCGCUGGAGAUGCUAGGAAAGAAGCUGUUCCUGCCCAGCAGUAUCCCGAAUCCAGAGGGCGUUGAGAAAGAUAAGCUGUUUUCGGCGUACGAAGCGGCGAUGCUGCAACGCGUUCUCGACGUGCUCGGGGUGCCGGAGGAUCGCUAUGAGGAAGUUUUCGGCAACCAUCUGGCGAGGAUGGAUGAACGCCCGAGUAAACUGCGCGAAGAACUGCAGGGGCCGUUGGGGCUUCUUGGCCCGGAGAUGAACGCGCUGAGGACUGCCGACCUCGAGAAUCUGCUCUACAAGAUUUUCACUGUCAACCCGCAGCGGCGGCCGACGGCCACGAAUUGCCUGCGCCAUCCGUAUCUCGUGAAAAUGCAUGAAAAAUAUAAGCCAACCGAGACGAGGGGCAGUCUGGAAGCUGACAAAAGAGAAGUUGCCGACAUGCUGGAUCGAUUUUCGAAAAAGUUGGAUAUU